AUGGAAUCGAAUGGACAGUAUAGAAAAAAAGAAUAUUGGGAUGAGAGAUUCCGAGAAGAAGAUGAAUUUGAAUGGUUGACUGGGUUGAAGGCGUUUGAGCACAUCGUCAAACCGCUUAUUGGGAAAAACGACAAAAUUGCUCAUAUUGGCUGCGGUUCAAGUCAAGUUUCAAAGGAAUUAUUUGAUCUAGGAUAUCAGAAUAUCACGAAUAUCGAUUACUCUGAGGUUCUCGUAGAGAAUGGAAAGAGGGCCCAUCCAUAUAUGGAAUGGAUAGUUGACGAUAUUACGAGUUUAGCAAAUUGUCCGUCGAAUAGUUUUGAUGUGGUCUUCGAAAAAGCUACAAUUGAAGCUUUAUUGGUUCUGGAAACGAGCCCUUGGGACCCUUCCGAUGAAGCUCUUAACACACUAGAUAGCAUAUUUUCAGCGAUUCAGCGCAUUUUAAAGAAGAAUGGAAUUUUCAUCUCAGUUUCGUUCACCCAACCCCAUUUCCGGGUUCCAGCCCUCAUGCGAUCGAAUGGAUGGUCCGUUGAGAGACUCGACGAUUUGCAACAAUAUCGAAAAUGCGACGAUGAUGAUGCCGCCUUCCGAUUCCGGGUUCGUGUUUUCGACGCGCACCGAUUUUUAGAAAGCUUUUCUGAGGAUGGGCCUUCUCGAGGAGGAAGGCUUGAUCUCAACGAUUUUGAGGUUGGUAGACCGCUGGGACGCGGCGGUUUCGGAAGGGUCUACCUCGCGCGAACCAAAUAUGGCCAUUUCCACGUUGCGUUGAAGGUCAUCUCCAAAAAGAGUCUUGUCGCAAAAGAAUCGGCGUAUUUACUCGAGCGCGAGAUCGAGAUUCAGACGCAUCUACGCCAUCGCAACAUUUUGCAACUUUACACAUAUUUCUGGGAUGAGCGUCGAAUCUUUUUGGUGUUGGAAUACGCGCCGAGAGGCGAACUCUACAAAAUGAUGCACAGUCAGAUUGAUGGCAGAUUUGGCGAAGUGAUGGUCGGAAAAUUCAUUUUCGAGAUUUGCGACGCUCUCAGCUACUGCCAUCGGAAGAAUGUGAUCCAUCGCGACAUUAAGCCCGAGAAUCUGCUGCUCGGAAUCAACAUGGAACUCAAAAUUGCGGAUUUUGGCUGGAGUGUCCAUACGCCGUCGGAUAGAAGGACCACCCUCUGCGGAACAUUAGACUAUCUGGCGCCGGAAAUUGUUCUUGGACGAGACCACUCGAUGUCGAUCGAUGCUUGGGCGAUUGGUGUGCUCUGCUACGAGCUCAUGGUCGGCGUUCCACCGUUUUCUUGCGACGAUCCGAAAGAAACGACGAAGAACAUCGAAAAAAUCAAUUAUAAGCUUCCUGAUGUGGUUACGAACGGCGCGCGGAGUCUGAUCAAGCGCCUUCUCGUUUUCGAGCCGACCCAAUGA